CCCACUGAUGCUGGGAAGGCACCGCCACGGUGCUCGUUCGCCCGCUACUGGUCCAGUGCCUGGUGAUUCCACACCAUGGUAUCAAUGCGGCAAUCCGGACGAGUUCACCUUCACCAACGAGGGCGACUAUCUGGAGCCUGGCCGUUCUCCAUACAUGAAAGAACAGAUCACAAUUGAUGGACUGUUCAACUACACUUUCUGGCAGGGAAACUGCGACCUCGGCGAGCUUACAUCGCUUGGCUCGCUCCGUAUGCAGGCUAUAGGGCGCACAUUGCGGAGCGUCUACGUCGACCAGAUCGGCUUUCUGCCACAGCAGAUGGAUUCCGGCUUCCAGAUCAGCCAUACCUAUAUUUGGCGCACCCGUGAGUCCGUGGAGAAUCUCUUCGCCGGGCUGUACCCAAUCCAAUACAGACAGCCGACUCAGACCCUCACUAUGCACGUCAAGCCGCAAAACAUCGAAGUUAUGAUUAGCAAUCCGACUGCGUGCCCGCGCCUGGGUCAGCUAACGACAGCAUUCACCACUUCGUCCACAUAUCUAUCUGCGCUCCAGCCGUUUAACGCCCUGCAAAGCACGCUCGUGGCAGCAUACGGCACGCAGAACGUCUCCGGCUGGAACACGACGCAGACCCUCUACGACACCGCAUCAGCGGAGUACUGCCACGGCUUAGGCACCAAAGGCAAUAUCACUGGAUCGAACAUCCAAAGCCUGGUCAUCCCGGGCACGGCAUCAUAUCACGAACUCUUCCGAAGCAACCCAAUGGCCGAACAGGCCAAGCAGCUUGCUGUUGGGCCCUGGCUGAGCCAGAUCCUCGCAUCCUUCUACGACCGUAGCACGACGCUCCAAGUCUACUCCGCGCACGACGCCAGUCUGGACAUGUUCCUGUCCGUGGUUGCGAACCCGGACUUGCCGUGGCCGCCGUUCUCGUCCAGCGUGGAGAUUGAGCUGUGGCAGCAUAACACCAUGGGCUUGGUCGUGAGGAUGUACUAUGAGGGUAUGAUCGUGCCGGCGCAUCCGAAUCUGAACUGUAGCUUUACGGCUUGUCCGCUGGGGACAUUGCAGGCAUUCAUGAGCAGGUAUAUCCUGCCUAACUAUCGGACGGCUUGCGCGGCGGCGUAAACAGCUGCCGGAGCUUUGCAGGCUACCGUUCGGCAUGUCAGCG